AUGGCUGGGAUGAUUGAUCGGGGAGCUUUCAGCAGCGAGAAAGGAGGCGGGACAGCUGAUGACCGCGGUGAUGCUUGGGAGAUGGCGGUGCGUGCCAGCGUUGACGCCUUGGACGAGGACAGGAAGAGCGGCCAUGUCGGCGAGGGUGGAGUAUUUGAAGACAUCCUCAACGCUAAGCUGAAUCCGUUUCUCGCGAAGAUGUGCGGCGAGUUUGAUGGCUGCGAUCGAAUCUCCACCUCGUUGGAAGAAACAAUCUUCCCUCGAGAUGCUCUCCUCGUCGAUGUCAAAUAUUUUGGACCAAGCUUGGACAAGAACCUUCUCCGCGGUCGUCGUGAUCUCGCUCCCAGCUUGUUCACCACCAACACCCGACAUUCUGGUCUGACGGCGGGCAAGUUCACGAAUCGCUGUCUGAAGCAACACGCUGUCUAUCUUCCCCGAUGA